CUCCUUCAAAGCUAACAAAGCCCACUUGCUUCUUGCUUAAAUAUAAUAUUGUGAAAUUUUUGGAACCUUAAGGUAUGCAUGAAGAGAAAAACAUAUACCAGGAAAGGAACUCUUAAAAAGAAAGGCGUUCACUUUAAAUAUUUACUUUCGUGCGAUGCUUUUCUAAUAUCUUCCGAGUCAAAACCCGAGGACUUUAUAUCUACUCUUUACUUUCGGAAUCUUGUGUUAAACAUAAAUGAAUAUUUACUCCAACGCAACUUUACUGCCGCUUUAGAUGUUUUGCAAGUGUUACUCCAUUGUUAUGAUAAAGUUCCCGAAAUUAUUUGGAAAGCAGGACUAGAAAUACUAAAUCGUUUUCAGAAAGAACGGCAGCAGUGUCUAUUUUUCUUUCGGCGUCUUCUUUCUUUGCGUGUAGCUAACGCUGAUAAGGAGACGAUUAUUCUAGAGAUUUUCUUUUUUCAUCUCUCCGAAGGUAAACCUACUAUUCUCCAAAAUCUGCUUUUGCUGGAGGGCUUUUCAGGAGAAAUGGAAGAAGCAUACGAGACGCUGCGGCCUUUUCUUACACUGGAGCCUUAUUUUCAAAAUCCCAAAUUUCAUGGCUAUGCGGGAAUGGCCUGCACAUCGCUGUGGUUUACAGCUCUAAAGAAAUCUUCGCAAAGAUCCAGCCUCGAGCCCUCCCCGUCUAGCACGUGGCCCUGCUCUUUCCCAGGCUGCUCCAGUCAGUCCAGUCUGGAAAGGUCGGCAGAUUUGUACUUUCGCAGCGCUCUCGAGCACUUUGAAACGUGCUUUAAGUUGCCCAACGCCUACCAGAAAUCUUUUGUUUUAUAUUAUUUUCGCUUACUUGAACACGAGAACAACAAGAAUGGCAUCGAAAACCUUUUGAACAAGCUCAGACGAGAUGAACCGAAGGAUAUCUUUUGGCUGAAAUGCUCCAUCGCGUUUCUUUUGGGGCAAGCAGGCAUGGAGAGCGCCGCUGAGGCCUGCAAGAUCGACUUCUUCGCAUGCAACGGAUCUGCCCGAGAAGACAGUCUACUAGAAGUUGUCUUCAGUUCACGUGUUCUGGAGUUGGUAGAGGAACUGCAUCUUCUCAGUCCGACAGACUCUCUUUUAUACUAUUUCUUGGAAACAAACGCACCACUGAGCCCCAUGCUCCAGUUUGCUGUUGUUCUGAGCUUCCUUGACUACGAAAAGCACUCCUGUGGAUUUUUAUGGGGCAAACUAAUUCAAUUACUUUUGGAUGCGGAUCAAAAACAAGUACUCAACCAGCCGGCCUGGAAAAUGCGGAAAGACUGGUGGCCGGAAAUGAAAUUUUCGUUGCCGAUAGCGAACGACUUGCAAGAGUUGGCUUGUAGGGCAGCUUGUGCUUUUUACUUUUUGGGAAGCAAUGACUACACGAACAAAGCAUUCGAAAUUUUUAAGAAUUUCAAAGAAAGCCACUUUGCAUUAGAAAAUUGUCAACAGGUCGGUUUUUUUAAGUUCACUUGCAAGCACGACUCCGCAAAUUGCAAUUACUGUCACCCCCAUUCACCGUAGCAAACCCUUUCGAAUUUCUCUCCUUCGUAUUACUGCUGUUAUUGUCGUCGCUGGAGCCACUCGAAGGCGCAACUCGAGUUUUAAGCAAAUUUCU